AUGCCCGUCGACCCCACCCCAUCAUCCAGUCGGCGACUUCAGCGCAGAGACCAAGACGGAAUCCGCCAGGAUGGAACGUACGCUCGCGAGAUAGAAAUGAAGCGAGCCCGCGGUGAAAUAUCGUGUGCCGAGUGUCGCAGGUUGAAGAUCAAAUGCGACAAGUCUAUACCAUGCCAAUCCUGCCAACGCCGAGGUUGUGCUGCGUUAUGUCCGAACGGUAGUCUUGCCACUGGACAGGGUACUCGUUUCGUGAUUGCUGCCACCGAGCAUCUCCACAAGCGUAUCGCGCGUAUGAGUGAUCGUAUACGCCAGCUCGAGGACGGACUUGCAGUGCUACAGUCUGCUCACUCUAAGGAGCAGCAUCCUCUUCUACAUGACUCACAACUCCUUGUCGAGCAUGAUAAAGCACCCGAGGAUCCAGGAGCUGACAGCGGCGACGAGGGUGAAUCAACUACGGAAACGCUUACUGCUUUUGGAACCAUGUCGAUCUCUGAGCAUGGCUUGUCACGUUUCUUCGGCCCGACAGGCGGCUCCGAAGGUCUAUUGCUCGUACGUAGCCUCCCUACACCUUCUAUCUUCCAAGCAAGCGCCUUUCCAAUCUUGACGGAGAUAGGGGCUUUAGGACUUGGCGUGGGCGACUCGAACGGGUUGACUGAUUCUUUGUCUCCACAGAUUGACGACGACAGCACACAGUCGCCGAAAUCCAACUCCAGUGGCAAAUCCUCGAGUCCUGCUCUACCACCAGAGGUCGUCCGCUUCUCUUUCGCCUUCCCUUUCACGCCGAUGGGGCCCACUCAGGACGUCUACACCUUGAUCUUGAGCUAUCUGCCACCAUACGAGAUCACAUCUGUCAUAUGCGAGUGCUACCUUGCCAAUGCCGGCUGGCUCUUUCGCGGUCUUGGUCGCGAACAGCUUAUGGACGAAAUGUUACCCGUUAUCUUCAACUUACGUCCCGCGCCGCCGAACUCAUCUGCCGACCAGGAUUAUACGUCACCGCACGCACUUGGACUGCUCUUCAGCGUACUUUCCGUCGGACGCAUAGUGGAUAUCGGACUUACCACAGCCGCUGCGGAAGCUGAGGGUGAACACUACAAUCAGCUCGCACACGCGGCUCUCUGUUUGCGUCCUGUCCUUGAACGGCCGUCGAUGAUAACUGUGCAAGCACUGCAUGUCGCCAGUAUCUAUAACGCGAUGUCUGGAUCUGAGGUAUCAGGUGGUGAAUCUACGAUGGAAUCGUCCUGGUCUCUUGUCGCGCUUGCUUGUCACAUCGCACAUACGAUCGGACUGCAUCGAGAUAGUGCGCGGUGGGAGCCGAGCCCGAAGAUGGUGCAACGACGCCGAACACUCUUCUGGGACUUGUUCGUCGCCGACUCCUGGCAUGCGCUUUCCACUGGGCGUCCACCCUCACUGCAGCGUGAAUACAUCGAUUGUCAGUAUCCGCAAGAUAACGAGAUGAAACUCGAUGCGCAGGGCAAUCCCGUACCCGGAUUUGGCUCUUGGGGAUUCCGCUUUGCAUUCGAGUGCGUGGCUGAAAUCUCAGCGAAGACAUUGAUCGCAAGUCCCCCACGCUACUCCGACAUCCUUGACCUCGACCGGAAAGUGCGCGACUUCUACAUUCCACCGGAUGCCUUGGCUCAGCUACGCGGAGGGUACGCCGACAUGCGUGACAUGCCGAUAGCUCUAUCCAUGAUCUACUUCGUGCUCUCGCAUACGCGGGAAGUCAUGCUCCUGUUUAUCCAUCGGGGGUACUUCGCGCAAGCGCUCAUCGAGAGUCCGGUCAAUCCACUGAGAAGCCAAUACGCGCCAUCGUUCCUGGCCAGCGUCCGAGCGGCGUCUACAGUCCUGCGUUGUGUACGCGACCAGUUCGCCAUGCAUCCCAUCAUGUGCUCGCGGUUCUGGUCGCCAUGGACCUACGCGUUCUCUGCUGCAAUUGUCUUCGGCGGCAUCGUCACUCGCGGGCCCCGCUCACAUCUUGCUGAUACCGCGAUGGCCGAACUCGAGCAAGCCUGCGAUAUGUUCUCACAAGCGGCCAGAUACAACCGGCGAGCGUCUAAGGCUCAUACCAUUCUCAGUCGAUUGAGGGAUAAGGCGAUUCGUGCCCUGGCAACGGCGCGGAGCCACGACCCUGCUGCUGCUAUCGACGAUGGCGCCGCCUGGGACAUCAAGCAAGAAGACGUCGACGAUGAACUAGCGAUCUUCGCCGGUCGUACCAUGGUGCUCCGUCCGGGGCAGGGUGUAACUCAAUCGACGCCUUCACCGCCAACUCUCCCUCGCCUCACCGCUGUACCUCCUUCACUGGCGCAGGGUCAAGGUGCCAGCCCUGUAUCUCCCUAUCCCUCCGAAACGGGCAGCUUCCACAGUUGGCAGUCUCGCCCUGUACAACCGCAGUCGACUUCUUCCCCUUAUGAACGCACCCCACCGCCUUUACCCGUGUCUCACCAAUACCGCCAACCAGGCGGAUAUCCCGACGUCCCUCCCGCUCAAUAUAAUGGAUCUGGAUAUGCGCACCCGCGCCAGCAACCGCCGAUACCUCCCCAGCUUCCGCUCCUGCGCGUGCCCGUUCAGCACCCGCAUCAUAUGCAGCAACCACAUUCCGCACCGCCACAGCGUCAGGAGCAGUUGCAAUAUAUGUCUCCUGCCACUCCAGAUCCGGACGCCAUCCAUCUCUACCAACCGCACUCGGCGUACGGACCUCCGCAAUCCCAGCAGCAGCCUUAUGGCGAGUAUACCGCGCCGCCACCCGAGCUUGUGCAGCUGGGCCUUGCGCCAAACACGCGUGUCCCCGAAGGAUGGAAUACGUUCAUUUCUCAAUCCAGUAUUCUCGGAUAA